AUGCUCCUCAAAUCCAACUUUGGCCUCCUCCUUUGUUCUAUCCUCGCUAUCACGUCGCAGCAGGCCCUUGGACGCGAGAACAUUCUCGAACGAGAUGGCCGUGCUGUCCAUCUCUAUCCUCGACGAUUCGGCCAGGAGCAACCCGCUGUCCUCCAGAAGAUUCGGGAUGCUUGCGGUGGAGCUGUCUGCGGUACCCUUGCCGGUCAGGCUGUCACCCCUCUUCUUGCGGCCCAACCAGAAUGCUCCCAGCAAGAUAUGGCGGACGCCAUUAUUGACGCGAGCAAGCAAUUUGACGCUGCGACGGCUGCCCUAAUGGUUGCUGCUGCUGUCGAAUAUCGCCAGGUCGAGAAGAACACCCCUCCCGACUUUUCGACUAACCCGCCCACUCUGCGAAACUCCGUCUUUUGCCAGAAGGCACCCAAGAACCCGGAGCUCAACGGCCUAGUUCAAGCUCAGGAUCCUGCCAAUGACCCGGACCUCUUUUUCGAUCCUGCUCUGAAAGCCACUGUUCGCAGAGGUUCUCAGGCUAACACAGCUCCUUUCGAUGGCGUAGCGGCUAACCCCCCUGCUGUCCCUCAAGAGCCUGAGGAGACAGAGCCAGUCCUCGAGGAAUCUCCGGCUGCGACUGACUGCGUGACCGCGGUAACCGUCACUGUUACUGCUGGUGCCGCUCAGGCGACUAUCUCGGACGCUGUUACCGUUACAGCGGGCACUCCUGCCGCCACGACGGCUGCACCACCAGCAGCUACCCCCGCUACCCCCGCUGGCGCAGACUUUGGAAGCUGCACUGUGCCCGAAAUCGAGUUUGGCGUUGGCUUCGACAAUCGCCGUGAGACCAGCUUCCGCCCAGCCGAUCUCCAAUCCUUCAACCACGGCUCUGCUCAGAAUAUUGCCAUCAUCACACAAUUUAUUUGCGAUACUUUGACAAACAGUUGCAGAGCCAACCAAGCCGCUAAGGACGUUUGCGCUCAAGCACAGACUGCUGCACUGGCCGCAACUGCGAAGACAGGUGCCCAGGCUGACGCUUUUAACGCUGUGUUCGGAAUCACUACGAACUUCGCCGGUGUUGCUGUCGUAGACAAUACAGGACGGGUUGUCUCUGGUGGUGUCGAUGCCGCUGCUCCCAACACCGUUGUCGCCACCCAAUCUGCUGCACCUGUUGCGGCUACCCCUUCUUCCAACGUCGCUGGCAAUGGGGCCACUGGUGCUGCGGGCGCUAUUGGCGUCUUCGGUCGGUGCACGGUCCCCGAGAUCGAAUUUGGUGCCGGAUUUGAUGGCAGGAGGGAAACCAGCUUCCAACCCGCUGAUAAAGCUUCUUUCAAUCACGGAUCGGCGCAGAACAUCGAUAUUAUCACCCGUUCCAUCUGCGAUACUUUGACCAAUACCUGCCAAGCUGAUCAAACGGCCAAGGAUACUUGCGCCCAAGCUGCCGCUGCCGCCUCCGCUGCUCCGGCCAAGACUGGCGGUCAAGCUGACGCCUUCAACGCUGUCUUCGGUAUUUCGACGAACUUCGCCUCGAUUGCUGCGAUUGACGACCAGGGCCGAGUUGUUGGCGCCUCUACCGCGACCCCUCCCCCUGUGAAUAACGGUGCUAGCGCUGGCAACAAUAACGCCAACAACAACAACGCCAACAACGGGAACAACAAUGCCAACACUGGAAACAACGGCGGAGCUGCUGCUGGCGGAAACCUUCAAACCUUCAACGGCAACCUCGCAGGAGUUGCGGCCCCCGUCGUGACAGCCCUUGGUGACGGUCGCUUCCAAGUUACUGGCAAUGCAGCCUUCAACAACCUCAGAAAUGCCCUUGUGCGAUCAUGCGAUGUGCAAAACAACCAGUGUGCAAACGCUGCAAAUGCUUCGGGCAACCGGGGUGGAAUCAAUGUUGGUGCUUGCAACGCCCAGCAGGCUCAGUGUAUUGCAAACGCAAACGCGACAGCAAACUAA